GCAGAGGGCGCCCAUCAAAACCCGAAUUUUCGGGGUUUUUAAAUUCACUUCCGCCCCCGGGUAGACUUUUUCCCGGGGAUUUUCUUAAUGUGCGGAGCAUCGCAGACGGGUUUUAUUUCACAGCAAUUUGGCGAUUCCCCGAAAGUUAAGAUGCCAAGAGCGAAGAAGCGUUUUCCUGGGGAGAUUGGAGAUGCUGCUGGACCGAAGAAGAAGUCGAGAGGGGCCGGUGCAGGCGGCGGGGUGACCGGAGCUCGGGCGGCCGACUCUCAUGACUCUGGGAUGGAAACAAUCGACCUGGAGGACGAUACUGCUUCGAAACCUCCACAGGGGAGCAAGUUGCUGAAAAACCAGAUUAGGAAAUCUGACAGGCGUGUGGUGGUAAUUUGAAGAAACGACUACCAACCAUGGGUAGCAAUUGUUUGAGGUUGCAAGUCGUCCUAUCCCUUGGCCUGCUCAUGGCACUAACUGCCGCCCAGGAUCAGCCCACCGUGACCGUGGAACAAGGCGACCUGUUCGGCACCACCGAGAUUUUCCAGGAGUCUGAAUUCCUCAAGGUGAACAAGACCAUCGAUGUCUUCAAGGGGAUACCGUUUGCUGAGCCUCCCGUGGGCACGCUGCGGUUCAAGCCCCCGGUGGCCAAACAGCCCUGGGAGAUAACUUACAACGCUACGUACUUCAGAGAUGCUUGUGUACAGAUAGACUCUGCCUUUGUUGGAUCGCAUCCAAGGAGCGAAGACUGUCUGCAUCUGAACAUAUGGGCACCGCGCCCAGGCGUGCAAGGGGGCGCUGCAGUUAUGGUCUGGAUCCACGGAGGUGCCCACAUGGGUGGAACGGCCACCUCCAACCAAUAUGAUGGAGUGGCAUUGGCCGCCUUUGGUGACGUCAUUGUUGUCAGCAUGAACUAUCGAGUCAACGUCUUCGGCUUUCUGUACACAGGUGAUGAAGGCGCACCAGGUAAUGUGGGUCUUCGUGACCACAUCCUUGGCCUGAAGUGGAUUAAGAACAACAUAGCAGCUUUUGGCGGGGACAGUGAACGGAUCACGAUCUUUGGCGAGAGUGCGGGAUCAGCCAGCGUCAGUUUUCUCUUACUGUCCAAGGAGGCUGAGGGGUUGUUCAGCAAUGCUAUAAUGGAGAGUGGCACCGUCUUCGCUCCGUGGCCGUUCACUGAAGACAAGGACCGGCUCCGUCGGUAUUCCUUUGAUAUCGGGGAGAAAGUCGGCUGCACUGCAGAGGAGAGCGCCGCUCUGUUAGACUGCCUGCGGACCAAGGACUCCUUGGCUGUUUUCAACGCCGCGACAUCAAUCAGCAGCAACACGCCCCAUGUGGUUGUGGACGGGACCUUCCUGGAUGACACACCGGCCAACCUGUACGCCAAGGGGGAGUACAUCCACGCCAAGCUUCUCAUGGGGUCAACCAGGGACGAAGGCACAGUGUUUACCUUUAUCAAUCCAUUAUUCCAACCGUACAUGAUCAACAGUACAUCAGAUGAAAUUCCCAUCCUGCCGAGGGAUAUUGUCGUCCAAGCAAUCUCUGAAGAGGUAGUCAAUUUAUUCGGCGGUGCAAACGACCAGUUGGUAGCCGCUAUCGAACAGCACUACGUUGACUGGUCCCAGGCUGACAAAGAAGACGCCAAUUACUUCUGGACCUUCGUGGGCUACAGCACCGAUGGCCAAUUCGCCUGUGGAACCGAUCGGGUGGCACGUUACCACGCCCAAGGUGACGAUGACGUCUUCAUGUAUCAGAUGAGACGCCGCGACGUCUUGUACAGUACGCUGGGAGACCUCUUCCCCUCGUGGUUAGGGGCCACCCACGGAGCAGAUAUCUGGUUUGUUUUCGGCCAUCCAUUCCUUCCGGAGAACCGGCCGUUCUACGGGAGCAUGUUCGACGACGACAAGGCGCUGUCCGUCAAGUUUAUGGAGUUCUGGACCAGCUUUGCCAAGACCGGGACCCCUGACGCCUCAGGUGUGUGGCCCAAGUUUACCGUCCCGGAGUUGGAGUACAUAGGCCUGGAUGUGAACCUGACAACAGGAAGAGCUCUCAAGAGCGAAGAGUGUCACUUCUGGAACGUCAUUGCAGACAAGCUGAGGACUUUGCCAAGAGGAAGCUGUACAUCUGACCUGUGGCGUGAGACGAGCAAGGGUCGUUAUUCGUGUGUCAUUGAGGAGGAUCUCUGUGAUGCUUUAGACUGCAAAGACGAAACUCCGCAGACUUGUGCUGCGGGAGGGGUGUUCGCCAUGAAACUUCUAAUGGCUGCCGUUGCUUUCGUGAGUUUGAUCGUGGCCAAGCAGUAAAUGGUUGGAAGAAAGAUGGCGGAUCUGCAAAAAAAUGCAAACCUCCUCCCCGAAGUGUGUUGGUCUGUAGAAAUAUCCAACUGCACACCUUUGAUGUACCGCUAUCGCCCUGGGCCCAAUUUCAUAAAACAUGUAAGCACAAAAAUUUGCUUAGCACAAAAAUGCCUUGCUCGGGAAAAACAGGUUACCAGCCAAAAAUCCAUGUGAAUUUUAAGCUAAGCGUACAACAGCUGAACACCAGUCACAAGCAAUAUCCAACACUUAAAAAAUUUGGUUGGUAAUCCUGUUUUUAUCAAGGAAGAAUUUUCACGCUAAGCAAAUUUUUGUGCUUAGCAGCUCUAUGAAAUUGGCCCCUGGUCAUACCAAGUAAUUUAAGUAGUCAAGCGUUCUUUCCUUUAAAUGAAGAAAUUCAUUCGUACUCUACAAGACAACAAAACCUUAUUCACUUACCUGGUUCUUGUAGAGUGGAUGUUGUAUCUGCUAAUUAUCGAUAUAAUUUGCCUGACAUUUUUAAUUCCCUACCUCAGGAUGUUAGAAAUUAUGUUAAUACUUCUAGAAUUGUUUUCGUCAAACAUCUCAAGGAAUUUUAUUUGUCAAAAUAUGCAAAUUUUGUGUGUACGAAACCCAAUUGCUAUUCAUGUCUUCAAUCAGCGAGGCAGUAUUUAGUCGGAUUUUUGUAGACUUUUUUUUAUCAUUUAGAUUGUGCUUUUGAUACACCUUUCCUAUACUAUAAUUACUUUUUGUAUAUUGAAAUGCUAUGUGACAAUAUGAUGAUUGUUGACGACAGUUUUGGGUGCUCCGAUUACAGAAGGCUAGUCCUUCUCUGGAUGACACCCCCAUUCAUACUCCAAUUCUGCUUAUUAUUUAACUACAUUUAUUUAUAUUAUAUUAUGUGAACUGUUGCUUAUGUAUGUACAUGUAUGAAUGGAAAUAAAACAAACAAACAAACAAACGAACAAACAAGUAGAAAGCUGAUACAAACAUUGGCUACUUUGCGAUUAAGCUCGGUCUUUAUAAUUAUAAAAAAUAAUGAAAAGAA